AUGUCGUCUUCAAGAUAUCCUCCUCCAGCAAGAGAUCGCUCUCCACCUCGGUUCGAUCGCAGACCGUCCACAAACUACACGCCUACAAGUUCGUCAUACAGGGGUCAAGCGGAACCAGGUUUGCUGUCGGCGCAAAGAGAUCCUCCUCGAGGUCCAAAGGCUGACUUCCGAGGUGGUGGUGGUUUUCCAUUUGCGCCAACCGCGCGUGGAAGAGGUGGAGGAUUCGCUCCCCGACCCAACGACACCUGGGAGAGAGAUCGUGAAAGGGACCGCGAACGAGAUACCCGGCCACCUCCACAGUCUUACCGCGCUCGAGAGGACGACCGCACCGAAUGGACUCGGCGUGAUCGCGAUUUCGCAGUGACCGAUCGAACCAUUCCUUCAGCGAGAGAUACCCGACCAUAUGUUGGCAGAGAGCGUUCAGCCUCUCCAGUCCGACCCAGGAGGGACUCGCGGGAAUCGCUUCCCUCUAACUUUGCUCGCCCCACAGAAUCUGCGUCGUCAUACUAUCCUGCUGCAGGGCGUGGCGGGCUUAGCCGCGGUAGAGGCAGAGGCGAUUGGGACCGGGGCAGAGGCCGGAGUUCUUUCGUAAGCGAACGCGACCGAGAGCGAGAUUUAUUCCACCCACGUAGCCGUUCGAGAGAAAGCCGUCGUGAUCGCGAGUUCGACCGCGGUCGGCCCCCCCCUGGGGAUGCUGAUCGCCCGGACAGGUACGAACGUCGCGAUUAUGAACGCAGUCGAGAGCCCGAAGUCAGGCCUCGGGACUUACGGGAGCACGAUGUGUGGCCAAGGGAUCAAUCCCCGGCCAGGGGAUCCACUGUAAAUAUGGCCGCUGCUGUUACUACCCCAUCUGCCUCCGUCAGUGACCGACCUGGGAAGCCCGACUUCGAGGCAGGCAGACGGCCGUCAGUUGUCGCUACUCCGAUUAGUGCGCUCCGUGAAAAUCGGCGUGAUGGUGACGGAGCGGAUUAUUUUGGAAGUUCGAGGUUGGAUACCUCCCGUCGUGAACCACCCCAACUUCCACAACAACCUCCAACCCCGAUCGGCCUUGACUAUGGUCCUCCACCGUCCUUGCCGUCCGUCACCACUCCCGUCACAGAAAAGGUAACCAUACCUAGGCCGCAAACUGCCAAGACGGAGCAAGGAGCACCUUCUCCAGCUACUUUUCAACCGCCUAGUGGGCCAAAAGCUGGCAGAACAGCUCCCGCAGCAAGUCUCGGCCAGUCUGUCAAAACGCCUCAGCACCAAGAGGCCUGGGCUCGCACUGAGCCUGUGUCGCGCCAGGUCCGGCCAGGUGUAACGACAAGCGCAAGUAACUUAUCCAUGGAAGGUAGCGCAAAGAAAGACGAGCUGCCCGCCGAACCUAAACCCCCUGCCGCCCCAGCCGCUGACCGUGCUAUGCCUCCAAAUGUCCCGUCUGGUCCGCGAAUGGGCAAUACGACUCCCUACAAACACAGACUAUCGUCAAGUGAGCCGGCUGGUUCGGGACCUCCUCCAAUGGCACCAAGGGAACCUUCAAAACCUUCCGGGCUUGACAAUCGACCCCCAGCAAUUCCCACGGGCCCUCGUCUCGACCGUGAAGGAACAAGAACAAGCUCAGGGACAGCCUCGAAGAUAUGGGUCUCUCCAGACUACAAGUCAAAGCCAUCCAUCAUGAACGCGAUGAAUAAACCAUUCCCACUUGAAACUCGGGACAGAGGUCCUAUACCAACGGGACCAAGACAGCAGAGCGUGGUCCCACCACACCCGGACAAGACCCGAGGGGCCCAUCCUUCUGCAAACUCCCCUCCAACUGCGCCAUCGGGACCCAGGGCCUUGAUUGCAACAAGCCCUAAAAUUCAAGACGUCAAAAUGACCCUCUUACCUGCCAGGGGAGCAGCCGACGAGAUACACCAUCAAGAAGAUGUGAUAAUGUCGGUUCCCGCUUCCAGUGAGGACGACGACGACGAAGCUGGAGAUGACUCCUUUGACGAAGAGUACUAUGUUGAAUCUGAAGAGAGGCACAAACGGGAAAUGGAACUACUCGCGACGAAGAAACCACCGUCUCUACUACAGGAUACGGUGGUAGUAGCCCUCCUGGUGAAGCUGCAAUUUCUCCAUAUGAUAUCUCAAGAUCCCGUGGCCAAACCCGAGACCACACCGGUGGAAGUUACCAAAGAGCAGGCACCUGUUGCUGUUACUAUUCCAACUGGGUUACCAUCUCCACAGCAAGUCCCCGAGGAGACUGAGUCUAAGGAGGAAACAUUGGCAAUAGAACCACCAUAUCCAAAAGGACGACCUCUCAAGCAGCCACCGGUGAACCCGAUACCCACCCCUCCUAUCGAGGAUUUACCAUAUCUGAAGUCGGGACCUAUGGAGCCAGUUGUCUUUGAAGAAUCGGAUGAUGAAGUCGAACGUGAAGCAGUUUCGAUUCUUUUACAACAGGAAUUUGAGCGUAAUGCUUGGGACUGGAGAUCCGAACUUGAAGAAAUGCACGCAGAAUUCAAGGCCCGAUAUCCUGUGUGGAAGCAAGAAAUCCAGCAACUCGAGCAAGAACGCCGUGAGUCGCAGGCUAGCCCUGCGCCUGCUUCCCCUGCACCGUCAGCGGCGCCGUCAGUCACACCUUCACUAACCCACGAACGUACGAGAGGUGCGCGGAAUACGACAGAAGCAGACCUGCAAGCCGCAAUUUUGAUGUCUCAGCAGUCCCUCAAAGAAGAGGAAGAACGACGCGAGAGAGAAGCAGCUUCCAGCUCUGUGCCAAACUAUGACCUGGAGGCAGUGGUUCCGCCAAUGUUAAAGCCCGCCGACAUAGAACUAUCGCAGUUUGAAGAGAGAAAUCGUCUCGUCCCAAAUGACUUGGCGCUCUACGCUUUUGCCUAUCUUCCACCCGAGGAUGAUUUUACAGAGGAGGAACAAUCCCUCUUCAUCGAAGCUUACUGUCAAACUCCGAAGAAAUGGGGCACGAUUGCAGAGUCCAUCCCAGGUAGAACAUAUCAAGAGUGCAUACUCCAUUACUAUUUGACCAAGGCCAAGGCUCACUACAAAGACCUCUUGAGACGAUCGCAGCCUAGGAAGCGCGGUCGGCGAGUGGCAGCGACCAAACCCCGUUCAACGGCUCUGAUGUCCGAGCUUCUCAAUGGUGACGAUGCGGAAGCGACACCUGUUCCUGUCACAGACAGUGGGAGGCCAAGGCGGGCGGCGGCACCAACGUUCGGAGAUGCUCCGAGUGAAGCGGACUCUUCAACACCCGUUCCACAGUCGAAGAAGCUUACAGCGGCUUUGAAAGACGGUAAUUCAGAUGGGAGUGCGAAAACCUCGAGGGGUCGCAAGACUGGGACUGCCACGAAGGUGCGGAGGACCAAGGCACAAAUACAGGCGGAGCAACAACAACAAGUUCUACCACUGGCCCCCGCUGAAGCCUCGCCGAGCAAAGCUGCGACUUCUACCAAGGCAGAAAGAGGGCGAACGCUUGUUCGUGCCGAAAAUGUGCCCAUCAGGCCCGAUCCUCCUCCUUCCGUUCCGCCAGUGCAAGUGCAGCGGGCAGCAGUUGAAGCAGGUCUCCAGCCUUAUCCUGUUGGCGAUGUCCCCGCCGGUCCUCCGACAGCUCCAUCGUCGGCCGCGGCCUCACCAUAUUCCAGUUAUUGGUCAGUUACCGAACAGAAUAAGUUCCCAGAACUUCUUUCAUACUUUGGUCGAGACUUCACAGCAAUUGCCGACUUCAUGAAAACGAAGAGCGCGAUGAUGGUGAGUCCGCCGCCACUUGGGUCACCCUCGGUGGCUAAUAAGAUGCAGAUUAAGAAUUAUUACUCUCGGCAGGUCGAUGGUGGCAAGGAUGAGCUCGAAAAGUUUGGUCAGAUGGGAGAUCAGAUGCGUGAACAGAUGCGCGUAGCUGGGAAAGUCGCCAUUCCGCCUCCGAGUCCUAUUGUAACUUCAAAACGUCGACAUGACUCAGCGUUAGGCCCCCUCAGUCGUCCAACUACCCAGGGUGAACAGACCAUCAUGAAUGGUGAGCUUGCAGUCUCAGCAAUCAAACCGAGCGUUGUUGAAGACUUUCCAAGAAGUAUGCUUGACAGGACAGUCUCCGGAGACAUGGCAUCUCAACCACACCCGGUCGCACGAGAGGCAAUUCGUGAAGUCCCUUUGCCCACUCACCUUCCAACAAAGACCGAGGAGCUCCCAAGAUUAGACGGUCGUCCAGCUCUCUUCAGCCAUAAACCAUUGCACGGUCCCAAAGCUGGCGUUUUUCAGGACGAUGUUGGCUUCCAGCCGUCCCGUCAAACUCUCAGGGCACCGCUUCAGGAGCAGUCGCCUCAAAUACUCACACAGAGACUUCCAGAUAUGCCGCGUCCUGAAUUAGGUCAACAACCAUCAAUACCCGCAAACGGCCCUAGCCUUCUAGGGCUGCGAGAGCCUAUCAUACCCGUGCAGCAGCGAUCCCAGGCUCCACCAGCUGUUCCCGUUCAAGUUCAAGCCCAUGUUGAAAAGUAUACCCAGCCAAAUGCUCUGCAUCCCAGCCAUAGCCGCAACAGCAGCUCGACAACUCCGAGCCACCCGCCUUUAGAGACGCCUCAGGACAUGGCUUCUUUACGUCGUAUAGACAAUCAACAUGCACUGUACCGGACCGGCCCGACAGAGUCCCCAGCACUGACACCGAUCCAAAUUCAUACUUCUCAGCCGCCACGAGCUGAGAUAUCUCAUCCUGCUGCUCCGCCGCCUCCUGCAGACACUCCGAAACCCCCAGCCAAACGCUCGAAUGUGUUCGGCCUUCUCAACGACGAUCCACCAGAUCCACCGCCUAAGCGGCCGUCUUUGGAGGCACCGAAACGAGCAUCCAUUCUUUCUCCACAGAUAACUGCUCUUCCUCCAGGUCCGACCCUCUUGCAGCAGCCUCGAAGUCAGCACCAUCCUGAAGACUCACUCCUGAACAGAGCGUCGAGAGGCACAUAUGGGCCCGGUGGCAGUAACGUGCUCUCUGCAGGCAGCGGGCAGCAAUCAUCGACUGAUUAUCCCAGCGUAUAUUCUCCCGCUCCUGUCACCGGCCCCAGUAACGAAGCAUGGAUGGACCGUUUUGAUCCACGCCAGCAGGGAGCCCCCAGCGACCAACGAAGUCACCAUCACUCACCUGCACCGAGUCCUUAUUCCGUGAUUCCACCGACUUCACAGCAGAGCAGUAUCCCCUCGCUCCACUCUUUGCGCGUGGAUACCCCUCGAGCACCAGAACGAGCUGGAAUUGAUCACCGAAGGACGCUACUAGGCCAGAUCAGCCAAAUUCCACAUGUACCCUCUCCUCCACCUCAACAACCGACGCAGGCUGUGCCGCAACUACGCUCAGCCUCGACCUCGUCGCAUCAUUCACGGGUUGCCUCGGCAGGAUACUCUGCUUCGCAGUCAACAAGUCAAUCUUCGUCCCUCGGUCACCCGACGAUUCAGCAAAAUCAUUCUCACUCGGCGAGCUCAACUCCAGUCUCGAGUCUUCACCACCGACCUCAGUCGUCUCUUGAAUUUCCGACUCGACUGACUAUCCAACAACACAUGGCUCAACAAAACCAGCAGAAGCAGCAGGAGCAGCAACGUGAACAUGAAAGACAAAUACGUCAUCGAGAAUUAGAGCGCGAACGGGAACGGGAACGGGAGCAGCAACAACUACCACCACCACCACCUUCACAGCAGCAACAGCAGCAACAGCAACAGCAACAGCAACAACAGAUACGCCGGGAGAUGUACAGUAUGGAGCACCAUGCCACUCCUCCGGUGCCCCGUCCAAACCAGAUGGCUGCAGCAACUAAUCAAGGCCACAUGACAUUUGCUCAACGCGACAUUCCACGGACCUUUACGCCUCCACACACACACGGUGGUGCUCACACUCAUUCUCAUUCACCGUUUCCGGGCCCUAGUCGUGGUCCCGGGCAAAUGGGAACGCCUCAUCCUCUUCAUCAUCCGCAUCCACAUUCACACCAGCUACACCAACAUCAACAUCAACAUCAGCAUCAGCACCAACACCAGCAACAGCACCAGCAACAGCACCAACAUCAACAUCAACAUCAACACCAAGGGGGAUCGCUUCCACACCUACAACCUCAAGGGUCAGGCCAACCACCGCCUCAUCUGCACCACCCUCACCCUCAAGCGCCGAUCCUGCACCCGGGCCAGUCGGGGCACUUUCGAGCAAUGAGCCAAGGAGAAGCGAGACGCGACGAGAGGAGGUGA